UCUCACGCAGCAGCCCUUCGUUCUCCGUUUCAAUAACCCCUGCAUCAAUGGCUAAAGGCCCAGCAUUCUACGCCGUAAGAGUUGGACGUAGUCCUGGCGUUUACUCCACCUGGGACGACUGCGAAGAACAAAUCAAAGCCUUUCCCGGAGCUAAAUACAAGAAAUUUCCGACGGCACAGCUGGCGCAAGAGUUCAUCACUGGCACAUCAGGAGGAUCAGCAGACACCGCUCAUUCAUCAGCGCAAACCAUCUCAACUGCCACAAGCAGAUCAAAUUCAGUACCAUCAACAUCUGAGACAUCUCCUGUUGCCAGCAUUCAGGGUGAAAUCACCAUCUUCUCGGAUGGUGCAUGCAAAGGCAACGGCAAGACUAGAGCCGUGGCAGGAGUCGGGGUAUGGUGGGGUCACAACGAUCCAAGAACGCUGUCCAGGCAAACAAACCAACAACCGCGCAGAGCUUAUCGCUAUUGUGCGGGUACUUGAACAAUCACAGACUGAGACGAACCCUCUCCGCAUCAAAACUGAUUCUAGAUAUUCAAUAAACUGUGUGACGCAAUGGCUGCAAAAGUGGGCGGUCAACGAUUUUAAGACUGCCAAAGGUACUCCGGUGGAGAACGCAUCCCUCAUCAAGUACCUUGCGAGACUUCUUGAACGUUCGGAUCGGCUUGGACGAAAGAUAAACCUUGAAUACGUUCAGGGACACGUAGGUAUCGAAGGGAAUGAAGCAGCGGACCGUCAGGCAAAUAUUGGUGCUACACUUCCAGAGCUUCCGGAACGUGACUGGGAGACUCUGGAGAAAAUCUUGACCAACAAAAUGAACGCCGAGUUGAAGAAAAUGAAGCAUCGGCCAGAACAACCUGCCACUCCUGCCCCGCAGUUGUCUAAAGAAGAAACAGCUUUCUAUGCUGAUGGGCUGUUAGACGACGACGACAUUGAGCUCGAUCUCCUCUGAUAUGUUUCGCGUUGAUUUUGACUCUGCAAACAUAUAUCUUGCGUUCAUUUCUUGGCUCUCCCACACAUGUAUACUUUUUAGCAGCGCGAUGUAUAUAGAGACCACCCAGGUCCUAGUAAUGCGACGAUGAUCUCAUUGCGCAGUUGUACAAAUGCAUGCCACUAAGGUUAAGUAGAACAGCAAAGCAAACAAACAGAUAAUAAAUCAGAAAA